AUGGUGACAAAAGGAAAAGAGCUUGAAUAUGGUUCCACUCUCAUAUUUAUUAACAAAAUUGAUCUUUCAAGGAAUAGUUUAAUGGGAGAAAUUCUUGAUGAACUAACAAGGCUGGUAGGAUUGGGUACACUAAACCUCUUAAUGAAUCAUCUAACUGGAAAUGUUCUCAAGAACAUUGGAAACUUGCGAUGGUUGGAAACACUUGAUCUCUCAAAAAAUAGUCUUUCUAGACAUAUUCUUGAACGCAUGUCAUCUUUAACUUCCUUGGCACAAUCGAACCUGUCUCUUAACAACUUGAUAGGAAGAAUCCCAUCUGGUAAUCAACUCCAAACACUAAAUGAUGCAUCCAUGUAUAAAAUUAAUCCUUCGUUGUGUAGGUCUCCUCUUCUGACCAAGUCCCUAGGAGAUGGAACAUCUGAUGCCCCAACUAUUACUGGCAGUAGUGUUGAAGAUGAAUAA